CGUAGGAAGGCUCAUAUAGUUGUAUCAUUUCUGAUUCAAGAUACUCAGUUAUCAAGGUUGCUCCAAAAUGGGUUCUUUAAUGCCAGGAUGGGAUUCACUUGUAGAUGAUAGAGAUGAAAAAUUUUCAAGAAGCAGAUCCUUCACUAAAGAAGAAAUUGAAGCUUACUGGAGAUCAAAGAAGAAGACGGAGAAAGAACACCUCAAGGCCAUCUCGGGUUUGCAAGAUCAGAAUCAGGAGAUGGCAAAUAUGGAUUCAGGAGGGGUGCUUCAGAGAUCAAGCUCUGAAACAGAUCUAGAGACGCUAAUGAAGAAAAUGGAUUGGUGGACUAGGUGCGGUUCAGCAUUUCUGAAUGAACCUCCUGUAAUAGAUACAGAAGGCCGUGCCCACAAGUAUAAAUCUCAAUACCAUCUUACAGGCUUUCGCUUAUCAAAACCAGAUUUUCAUCAUGGAAUAAUCACAUGAACAAAAUACAACUACUAGUAAGAGCUGGCUGAUGCCUUCAACAAGAGUUGCAGCUUUUAACAAUCAAGGCUUUAGAAAAGAAAAAAAGGCAACCAGGGUGCUAUGGAGUGUUUGUGUACAGAGUAUGGUUUUGUUGGGGUUUUUACAAUAAGCAAUGUAAUUAUAAUGUAAAUGGGAUUGUUGCAUUUCUAUAUGAAUUAUAGUUAUCGUUUUGGGAUUUAAUCCCAAUGUAUCAGGGUUGGGGGUUAUGAUUUUGGGGGAUGAGCUACCCCCAGUUGUGUAGCCCCAUAAAUUAAAAUACCAAAAAAAACAAAGGAAAAGUUAUGGUUUUAUCCCAAGCAAAA